CAGGCAUUAUUAGUGGCGAAAAUCUUCUGUCCGGAGGCUGAGAUAGCGAUGUCAUCAGCCCGUGCUUGCUAGUUCGCUUCUCGACACUCAUUUAGCAUUUAACUCUCCGCCAACCAUUCAUUUUCAAUACACAUCUCGAUAUCAUACUUCUCUUUAUACUAACGUUCCCUUAUAUACAUAUUUAUUCUUCUUGCUUGCCCUCUACCAUCGGCCCCAUUCGCGUCCUGUACAUCCGUACGUCCGCCCACCUAUUUCCAGUCAUCGACCCCAUCGUCCCCCAUCAGCCCGGGAUCAUCCACAGACCACUACUAGCCCGAGAAAAAUAAAUUAUAUCUACCCCUUAUUCAUACCCCAUCCCAAUUUACACCAUCCUUACUCCGCCGUAGUCGCCGGUUCCACCUCACCCGUCACGAUGAGUUUAUGCCGGCGGGACAAGACCGUCCAGCGCAAACUGGUUCUCCUGGGUGACGGCGCAUGCGGUAAAACAUCGCUGCUGAAUGUCUUCACAAGAGGAUUCUUCCCUACAGUCUAUGAGCCAACUGUUUUCGAAAACUACGUUCAUGAUAUCUAUGUCGAUGGCAUUCAUAUGGAAUUGUCUCUAUGGGAUACCGCUGGACAAGAAGAAUUUGAUCGCCUCCGUUCUCUAUCGUACGACGACACACAAGUCAUAAUGCUAUGCUUUAGCGUUGACAGCAAGGACUCACUUGAGAACGUCGAAACGAAAUGGAUGGCGGAAAUCGCGGAACAUUGCGCCGGAGCCAAAAUCGUUCUGGUCGCGUUGAAAUGCGAUCUGAGAGAAGAAACGGACGAAAAAGAUGGCGAUAAUUCAGAGUCGCAACCCACGGGGAAACCAAUCGUCAAGUAUAACCAGGGACUGGAGGUUGCGAAAAAAGUUGGUGCUCUAAGAUAUCUAGAAUGCUCGGCCAUGCGAAAUCGCGGCGUCAACGAAGCCUUCACAGAGGCUGCCAGGGUGGCACUGUCUGUAAAACCUUCGAAGUCAUCCGAGAGAGCUGGCAAAUGCAUCAUCAUGUGAUGAAAGCGCUUGAACCAGAGACUUGAAGUCCCAGAGAUAUCCCUCUCUGUGCACCCUUUAACAGUCACGUUUAUGGUCCUACUAACAUGCAAUUAGCUUCUCUCUCCCUUCCCUGCGCCUUAUCAUCAUCUCCCGCCUAUCUUUUCUGGUCCACCCAAGUCAGACCUGACUUAGAGAUACGACAGCUCCGCCAUUUCUUUAUUCUUCCUUAUCCACCCUACCUUUACGUAUAUGGCGAGUGUUUCAAUUCGUUUCUUCUUUUGCUUUAACUUUCCUAUUCACUACAACCCCUCGUUGUUAGCUUUGGAGUUCUGAAAACAUUUUUGCUUCCUGUUUCUUUUUGAAUGCAACAUCAUAAUAGAGCAAAGCAUACAUCAAUGGGAGCGCCGGAUUGAUACCAGUUUGCUUUUUUCUCUAUUAAAUUUUACUUUUUUUUUUUUUUUCUUUUUGUUUGCUUUGUCCUUUGCUCUCCAACUCUUCUUGACAGCCAACCCCAGUGUACAAACCUUUAUUUUAAUUACUGAUUAUAUUCUGUCUUGCCCUAUUCUACUGUGUUCAUUUCAGUUCCCCUGCCUGUGCAACAAACUCAUUUUGGUUUGUUUAUAAUUAUUUGUAUAUAUUCCUCAUAUAUUUGUAGUUUUUGGAUUCUCUACAAAAUAUUUUGUAUGUUUUGUUAUCAUGUUAGCUUGCACUCACUCCACUCUGCUUCCCAAUGAUUCAUCCAUCUUGUUGAGGUUCUACAUGAAUAUAGCUUAUGUCCGGCUUAUAUUUAUUGCUCUGGCCACUUCUUGAAAUCUACGGAGUAUACAGUCACCUAUUCAAUUUCAAUCUAUAGAAAUGUAUGUUGAUUUACAAUAUCUAAAUAUUAUGGUCUUGAAUAGUAAUUGGGGCAUAUUUUGUGCGAGUUCACUACCUUUUGAAGGGAUUGAAGAAAGAGCAUAGAAACCUUUUAUCUCAGCUACUCAUCUGAUGCUGUCACUGAUACAUACUCCUCAUGAUCAUUAGUUAGAUAUUGAAAGUCUACCUGUUAAAAUUGCAUUUCUUCUGGUUCUCUGGAUAUAUCUAUCCACAUGUUAUAAACCCCAUUGCUAGUCCAAAUUACGCCUGCGCAAUAUUUGUGAUUCUUAUAAAGUUAGAGAACAAAAAAAAGGAGAAGGGUAUAGAGCUCAACUAAAAGCAGACCUCCUACUGUACAGCAACGGGGGAUCUCUCUCGCUCCUAUGUCCCGACAUCCCCAAGCACGUCCCGCUCCUCAAUGUGAUAAACCUCAUCAAUUCCUACUCCCCCACCCGUUUGGCAACAACAAUCCACCGCCUGAGCAGUCCCAACCUCAUUAACCCGCCUAACAAAUGCAUCCGCAAACCUCUCUGCAACCUCCCUCAUAAUAGCAUCACCAUCAUCAGCAUCAAAUUUCACCCCACAACCGACUAUACUCGUCGCCUCCCUCCCUUCCAAACCACACGCGACAAUCUGUCGGAAAUACCACAUCGGCUCCUCCGUCACAUUCAACCCGAUGCCAUAGCUACUCACAUUCCGGCGCAGAUGCACGCCCACCGCCGCAAUCUUCUUAGAUAAAUAUCUGUUACCUUCGUCGCCUUCCCGGCUCCUCCCAUUGUGUUCCCAUUGUGAUCGUGACCGUGACAUAUCCACCCAAACCCCCGGGUCCUUCUCACUCAACCCGGCCCUCUCCACCCCGUACCCGGCCAAAACAUCCAGGACACUCCUCUCCAACAACCGUAUAUGCUGGCGCGGGCCUAGGCGCAACCGUCGUAGAUCGAGGAUUGUGUAUGCGACUAGCUGGCCGGGGCCGUGGUAGGUGGUUUGCCCACCGCGGAGUGUUGGGUGAAAUUCAGCGACCGCGGGGUGGGUUGGGGUAGGUGUUAGGAGGUGGCGGAUGGAGUGCAGGGGCUUGGGUAGGUUGAGAUCGAGGGUUGGAUGAGGGUUCGCUGAAGGGGUCGUGGUGGCGGAGAUUGUGGCAGGUAAGUCGCGGCGCCCGGUUGUGUAUACGGGGCGAGGGGUGAAGGUUAGGAUAGUGGGAUCUGGAGGGGGUGGUGGCUGCAUGAGAGCGGGAGAGGUCGAGAAGGCGUCAUGGAGCUUUUUGUGAGCUAGGAGGCGGGAAACAAGAAUCUGUUGAAGGUGAGAGGCGUGCGUGAAAGGGACGACGUUGGGAACGUGGAGAUGAGCGAGGCGCAUUAUAGCGGAGCGGCGAGCGGAGGCGGAGAGAGGGAGGAGGGAUGAUCAGAGCAGCUAGAGGGCUCUUCUGCCCUGAUUUGAGAAAUAGCUACAAUGGGAUUAAAUUGACAAUUGGCA